GGUGGUUUACUAUGUCAAAAAAGGUUUGUUUAUUGUUAUUUACACGUAGUCCAAUCAUGUGCAACCGGUAGUUUUUGUUUUGCGUAAUGAUUAAGAAUGCUUCUUUCUUGUAGAAAGAUUCUCAAGAUCGGAAAACAAGCUGUACGAUCGAUUCAAUCUUCCGCAAUGGCACUGAGCCGCUUCGAGUACGUCAAACAGUUUGAACAGGAGGAAAAGCUGCUUCCCAACUGUUGGAUUGUAGUGCGAAUCGAUGGGAAAGGAUUUCAUCGGUUCUGCAACGUGCAUUCAUUCACCAAACCCAACGAUCUCGAUGCACUUCAGUUGAUGAACUUUGCCGGUAUGACCGUUAUGCAGGAGUUCAACGAAAUCACCAUCGGGUACGGCCAAAGCGAUGAAUAUUCGUUCGUGUUUCGCCGAGAGGCCAGUGUCUACCAGCGGCGAAGGGAUAAGCUUGUAAGCUACGUGGCCAGUUUAUUCACCUCGGCGUACAUGUUUCACUGGAAGCGUAUUUUCGACCACCGAUCGAUAUCUAUGCGUUAUCCGCCUUCCUUCGAUGCCAGAGCCGUCCUCUAUCCGACGGACGAGAAUCUUCGCGAUUAUCUCAGCUGGCGCCAAGCGGAUGUUCACGUAAAUAAUCUCUACAACACAACGUUCUGGAAUCUGGUCGCUUCCGGGCUGAGCAAUAUGGAGGCAGAAAAGCGACUCCAGGGGACGCUGUCAGGCGAUAAGAAUGAAAUACUUUUCUCACAGUUCGGCAUUAACUACAACAAUGAACCACUCAUCUACCGGAAGGGAACGAUUCUGUUACCGAAAAGUGUUUCCAUUGAGGAUAAAAAACAGAGACUUAUCGUUCCGAUCUUUGACGAUCUUAUUAGCGACACAUUCUGGGUGACGCAUCCCGAGAUAUUGGAUAAGAAAGCAAAAACGGAUGAAGUUUAUGAAUUGGGAGAAAACCAUACCCAACCCAUCGUUCUUUAUCAACUGGAGGUACAGGAACGUCGUAAGGCCGGAAUGAACAAAACUGAAUCGACCAGGAGUUUGCUUGAAACUGUUAGAAGCUAA